UAUUUUUUAUUUUCCUAAUAUCUAUUGUUUUCUUUCUUUCCUUCCGCACUCCGUUUGGCGUCCGACGGUCCGAGAAAAUCCUGAGAAACAAAAGAAAAUUUCAAAUUUCAAAUCUACAAACUUCUACAAUCAACUAGAUCGGCCAAAGAGAGAGUGAUGGUGGAGGUGACGAUGUGCAGCAGCAGUGGCAGUGGGGAGCUGACGCCAGAGGAAGAGAGGGUUUUGAUAAGAGACAUUGCAAAUUUAGCCGAAGCUUCCAGCAAAGAAGGCGAUACAUUUUACCUCAUCACUCAAAGAUGGUGGCAACAUUGGAUAGACUAUGUAAAUCAAGAUCAGCCAAAUAAUGCAACUGAUGUGUUGUCUUUGUUGGAACAUUGCAAUUCGGCUGGUUCAAGCACAUUAAAGAGGCCUUCUGGUAUAGAUAAUUCUGAUUUAAUAAAUGAUGCAGCUUCAGAGGACUCCAGUGCGGGCAACGACAUUCAUGACACUCUACUGGAAGGUCGAGAUUAUGUAUUGCUUCCACAAGCAGUUUGGAAUCGAUUUCAUUUGUGGUAUGGAGGUGGUCCAACAUUGGCGAGGAAAGCAAUCAGUUCAGGUCUCUCUCAGACGGAGUUGACUGUAGAGGUUUAUCCACUGCGUCUUCAACUACUUUUGAUGCCAAAAGGGGACCGCUCUUCCAUAAGAAUCAGCAAGAAGGAAACAAUUGGAGAACUCCAUCGAAGAGCCUGCUAUAUUUUUGAUCUUAACUCAGAACAAGUACGCAUUUGGGAUUACUAUGGUCAUCGGAAACAUGCCUUGAUGAAUGACAUGGACAAAACGCUUGAUGAUGCCAACAUACAGAUGGAUCAGGAUAUUCUGGUGGAGGUCCUCAACAAUGUUAAUGGUACUGCAUUGGUUGGUUGCAUGAGUUCUAUUCAGGAAAAUGGAUUUGCAGAGAAGAAAGCUACUUCUGUUCUUGUAGAGCCUUCUAAGUCAAGCUUAUCGAUUGCAGGAGGUUGGUCUGCGAGCAAAGGUGCUUCCAGAAGCCAUGGUACAGAGAUAUCACAAAGUGCGAACCUGACUUCUGCUAGAGAGUUGGAAAAUACAUAUGGGGUCAGUGGCGUCAGCACAAGGGGAGCUUCUGCUGGUCUUACUGGGUUGCUGAACCUUGGGAAUACUUGCUUUAUGAAUAGUGCAAUACAGUGCCUUGUUCAUACACCAGAGUUUGCAAGAUACUUUCGGGAAGAUUAUCGUCGGGAGAUAAAUUGGCAAAACCCAUUGGGCAUGGUUGGUGAACUAGCUGUAGCAUUUGGUGAGUUACUUCGAAAGCUAUGGGCACCAGGACGGACACCAGUUGCUCCUCGGCCAUUUAAAACAAAGUUGGCUCGUUUUGCACCUCAAUUUAGUGGAUAUAAUCAGCAUGAUUCUCAGGAGCUUUUAGCAUUUCUGUUAGACGGUCUUCAUGAAGAUCUGAACCGUGUCAAACACAAACCAUAUAUAAGGUCCAGAGAUGCAGAUGGUCGACCGGAUGAAGAAGUUGCUGAUGAAUAUUGGGCAAAUCACAUUGCACGCAAUGAUUCUAUAAUCGUUGAUGUUUGCCAAGGUCAAUACAAGUCAACUUUGGUUUGCCCUGUAUGUAAUAAAGUUUCAGUCACAUUUGAUCCUUUCAUGUACCUUUCCUUGCCACUCCAAGCUACUAUUACCCGUUCUAUGACAAUAACAGUUUUCACUUGUGAUGGAAGUGCACUGCCAUCUACUUUCACUAUUACUGUCCCAAAGCAGGGACGUUGCAGGGAUUUGAUCCAAGUGCUAAGCAACGUUUGUUCUUUGAAGCAAAGUGAGGAGCUUAAGCUUGCAGAGAUACGAAACCAUUCGAUACAAAGAUUUUUAGAAGACCCUUUAAUAUCAUUAUCCACAAUCAAAGAUGAUGACCGCCUUGCUGCCUUAAAGGUUCCAAAGUCCGUGAAGAAUGCAGUUUAUCUCCAGUUGGUACACCACCGCCAAGAACAGGAUUCUGCUGGUGCUCAAGCCACUUCACGAUGGAAACCAUAUGGAUUGCCUCUUGUCUCUUUCAUAUCACGUCAUGAUGUAAUUACAAGAGGCAAUAUACAGACAUUAGCUCACACAAUGCUUUCUCCUUUGCUUAAAAGAGAGAGUCUCAGGCAUACUGAAAUUUCUGAUCCUAGCACCUCAAUGGCAGUGGUAGAUCCAUCUAGUGCCAUUAGUUCUAGUGAUGCACGUUUUGAAUCUUCAUCCAAAAUAGUAAAGAAGGAUGUUAGUGGUUCUAAAGCAUUGACAUUGCCAAAACUACCACUUUAUUUGGUUGAUGAAAGUAAUGCACGUAUUGAUCUGUCUGUGGGAGAAGAAAAAGCCAUUAGACUUCCCUCAUCAUCAACGUUGACAGUAGUACAAAUUGAUUGGUCACAGAAGCUGUUGGAGAAAUACAAUAUUAAUUCCCUGGAGAACUUACCAGAAGUGUUCAAAUAUGGCCCUGUAACCAAGAAGGCGCGUACUGAACCUCUCUCUUUGUAUACCUGUCUGGAAGCUUUUCUGAGAGAAGAGCCUCUAGUGCCUGAAGAUAUGUGGUACUGUCCACAAUGUAAAGAACGAAGGCAAGCAAGUAAAAAGCUUGAUCUUUGGAGGCUCCCAGAGGUUUUAGUCAUUCAUCUGAAAAGAUUCUCAUACAGCAGGUCAAUGAAGCAUAAACUAGAAACAUUUGUCAAUUUUCCGAUUCAUGACUUUGACUUGACAAAUUAUGUAGCCAACAAAAACAACUCCCAACGUCAACUCUAUGAACUCUAUGCCUUAACCAACCAUUAUGGUGGCAUGGGCAGCGGGCACUACACUGCACAUAUCAAGCUCCUGGAUGAGAACAGGUGGUACAACUUUGAUGACAGCCACAUAUCGCCCAUAAAUGAAGAAGAUGUAAAGUCUGCAGCUGCAUAUGUCCUCUUUUACCGGAGGGUGAAGUCUGAUGCCUCAAAUAGCAAGGUAUCACAAUCUGGUGCUGGUCAUGACAACAUUUCCUCUUAGUAGUAAUAUUGAAAAGACAAGUGUAUUUUCUCACCAAAAGUAACAAUAACCAGUUGUGUGUAUGCAAACUAAAAAAUUGUAUUAUUUGCAUGAAAUUUAUGAUAAAAUAUAGUAUAAGCCUUGACAUAG